AUGGCGAUCUCAAAUCGAUAUCCCGCAAAAGAUCAGCAAGGGGCACACAAGCCCAACUCUAGACCGGUUGACUUCUACGAGCCGACUGGGGAUGAGGAUGAGGAGCCUCCUGUCGUCUCAGGGGUGCAGCUGAAUCGUGUCUCGAGCUUUGCAUCCUCUACGGAAUCGUUAGACCCGGUUAGUAUUAUUAUUAUUAUUUAUUAUGUAUUAUUUAAUAUUAUUAUUUAUUAUUAUUAUUUAUUAUGUAUUAUUUAA